AUGGUCUUCACUGGUCUUACCAAAUGCCACAAGGAGCCCUACCCGGAGAUCUCCCCUAAACACCCAGAAAGAGUCAUCAUUCUAGGCCGACGCCCCGAGAAGCUUGAUUCAGCGGUUGUCGAGCUCGUGAGAGAGGCAACCUUCGUCGGGUCGCCCACGGUUACCGAAGGGCGCGUGUGUGAUGUCUCCGACUUGGAGUCGUCCGCAUCUUUCUGGGACCGCCUACGAGAUGGCGGGAUUGUCGUGGACGUGCUCGUCUUGAACGCCGCCGCUGUCGGCGUUAUCAAACCUCUGGUUGAGAUCGGCAGAGAUAACAUUCUGAAGGACUUUGACCUGAAUUUUUGCACCAACUUGGAUUUCACGGAAUGUCUCUAUAAGCAGGAAGGACAGGGAGCAGGCGGAUGA